CUACGAAAUUGUGAGCUUGAGAUAAGUUAAAGCCGAAGACUCGAGCAUGUGGUAUCAAUAAUGCCAUAAAAGGGGAGCUUAAAGAUCAAUUACAUGUUAAAUAAAGCCCAAAAAGUCACGGAAAAUCCACAUACGUAGAGUUUAUGGUUUACGUUUUGCUACAACAACUAAAAUCAUACAAUAAAAUUUGCACCAACAAACGAGAAUCACAAAAAUGAUUAAGCUGAAAUCAUUGUUUCGCAGAGGACAAGGGACUUCGAGUUCCAACUCCUCGAACUCCUCGCACAAGCAACAGCAGCAGCAUUCCAACAACAAUCGCCAAAAGUCGCAGUCGAGUACAUCCCUCAACACGGCACACGAACAACAACAACAACAACAGCAGCAGCAGCAACUGAAUAACGCGGCAACAGCUGCAACUGCGAGUGGCACAACGACAACAAAGUUUUAUUCCAAUCACGAGGCAGCUACUUACGAAAGGGGCGUGGAUGUGGGCGAUGAAGAUGCGCUGCUGCUAACCAAUCAACAACAACAACAGCGACUUCAACAACAACUGCAACAGCAGCAGCAGCAACAACAACAACAACAACAGAGCAACACGUUGCCGCUGAAAAAGUCAAAGUUAAAAGGACAAAAGCAACCAAAGCAGCUGCCAGUAUUACAACAACAACAACAGCAGCAACUACAGCAACAACAACAGCAACUUCAGCACCAACAACAACAAGCAGCGACCCGAAAUGCGAAUGUACAACCGGAACACCAACAACACCAACAACUAAUGACUUCCAUUGCGGCCGUGCCACCAUCAGCGGCAACCAACAACAGCAGCAGCGGCAACAACAACAAUAUUAACAACAACAACGCAUUGGCCGCAUUGCAAGAUGGUGGCGCUGCUGCCGCCGCCGCAGCGGAUUUCUAUCAACAACUAGCAGCAGCAGCCACAGCAGCAUCGGCAACAUCAGCCAGUGCCAGCAACAACAGUGGCAGCAAUAGUACGGCGGCAGGCGGAUUUCCGGCUGCAGCAGCCGCCGUGGCUGUGGCAGCCGUGGCAGCCAGCAGUUAUCAGCAACAGCAACACCAACACCAACAACACCAACAACAUCAGCAACAACUAUUCAACAAAGAACAGCAACAACAGCAGCUCCUAGAGGCUAACAACAAAAUGCAGGAGCUGCAGCGGCAGCUGGAUCGUCUGGGAAGCGAGCAACUGCAGCUGGAGACACGCAUCACGGAGCUGCUGCCAUACCAAAGCGAGGUGGCCAAACUGAAGGGCGAUCUGGUUAAGAUGCAGAACCUACAGGAGAAAACACAAAUGGAAAUCGGCAAUCUAAAAUAUGAAAAUGAAUCUUUGCGCAAUCGCUUGCGGGACGUUGUCAACUCACCAUUGUCGGAUGCGGAGAAGCAUCAGAUUAUACAAGAUUCGCAGCGUUUGCAUAGCUCAGCACCCGCCUCCAUAGCACUGCCCAGUGCAAAUGAAGCGCAUGAUGGGACGCCCUGCCUCACGCCCGACUGGGACAAGCAGUCGUCGUCCAGCGAGAUAUCAGUAGCCUGUCUGCAGGACAAGAUCAUUCAGAUGGAGGAGACUCACUACUCAACGAACGAGGAGCUGCAGGCCACUCUCCAGGAGCUGGCCGAUCUGCAAACGCAGCUCAGCGACACCCAAACGGAAAACGAACGUCUCGCCGAGGAGAAGGAUGUGCUCUUCCAGUCGCUCUGCCGCCAAACGGAAAAGCUUAACGAAUCCCGCACGCAGAUCAGCACGCUGCAGGAGCUGCUGCUGCGCGACACCAAGCAGGCGGCGGAGGUGUGCACCUCGGAGCGCGAGAAGAAGCUGCUGGAUCUCAUCCAGACGUCGCAGGAGGAGCGCGAGGCGGUGCUGCUCAAGCAGGAGGAGCUGAACGGGGAGCUGGCCGAGCUGCGGCAGACCCGCGAUGCCGCACAGCAGGAGCAGCAGCGGCAGCGGGAGCGCAUCGCAUUGCUCGACUCGCAGCUGGACGCGGCCACGGCGGAGCGCAAGCAGGGCGAGGCGCAGUUCUCGCAGGCCAAGGAGGAGAUCUCACAGCGGGCCAUUGAGAUCAGCAGGCUGAGCACGCUGCUCGAGAAUGCCCGCUCCAAGAUCGAGGAACUGGAGGCGGACUUGGCGCGCGGCGACAAGACCGAUCUCAGUGACGUACUGGACGCGGCCCGCCGCGAGAAGGAUGCCCUGGAGGAGCGAGUGGCCGAGCUGCAGGAUCAGUGGUCGCGCAGCCAGGCGGAGCUUCGCCGCCUGCGGGAGCAGCUGGCCGGCCUCAGCGAGGAGUGCAAGGUGGCCAAGAACAAUGCCAAGUGCGCCGUCUCCCAUCUGGAGUACAGGCUGGAGCAGCUGCAGCGGGACAAGGACAAGCUGGCCGGUGACUGCCAGGCGCUGGAGGAGCGUGUGGCCGAGCUGCAGGUGCAGUCCAAGUGCCACCACGAGGACAAGGCCCAGCUGCAGACGCUGCUCGGUGAGACGCAGCGGCAUCUGGGCGAUGUGAAGCUGAAGCUGAGCGACACCGAGCAGCGGCUGGACAAGGAGACGCAGCUGCGGCGACGAGAGGCUGAGGAAUGGCAACAGUUCCAGGCGGAUCUGCUGAUGACCGUGCGUGUUGCAAAUGACUUCAAGACUGAGGCGCUAAGCGCUCGCGAGCAGCUCGUGCUCGACAACAAGACGCAAAAGGAGAAGAUUCGGCUGCUGGAGCAGCAGCUGGAGAAGCUCACAGCCAGCUCAAAGCCGGUCCAGCAGCAAACGCAGCCGUCGGAGACGCCACAGUCGGUGCUGUCCACGGUCCAGCUGGAGAUGGCCACGCGUCGCAGUAAACUUAGCUUUAGCCGGCAGGACUCCAGGCUGUCCGUCAAGACCCUCAUCGAGAGCAUCGAGAAUAACAAGGCGCAAGGGAAGUCGGAUGAGGCAGAGUCAAACUACAGCUCCAACUCGAGCCUGAAUAGUGGCACGCCCGAGCUGGGUAACACGCCCAUCAUUCUGCCCGCCUCCGGUGACUGGCAUGAGAGCCUACGGUUGCCCGUCCUGCAGAGCAGCAAUCUGCACGUAAAUGUAGGAACAACUGCAGCAACAGCUGACGCUGGAACUGGAGGAGGAGGAGGAGGAGGAGGAUCAGCUAACUCUACCAAAGCCACAUUACCGCUGCGCGAGCAACAACAGCAGCAGCAGCAGCAGCAGGUGACGGCUGCCAACUCCUCGCAGCCCUCCACACCGGCAACGCCCAGCAGCAGCGGCAGCAGCCAACCGCCCAGUCUGCCCUUUGGCAGUGUCUCAAAGUCCUUUAUUAGCGGUGAGCGCAAGGAUCCACUGAAUAUGCUGGCCAAGAAUGGCGGCUCCAAGCGGAAUGCACUGCUCAAGUGGUGCCAGAACAAGACCGUGGGCUACCGCAACAUUGACAUCACGAACUUCAGCUCAUCGUGGAACGAUGGCCUGGCCUUUUGUGCGAUCCUUCAUUCCUAUCUGCCGGAUCGCAUACCCUACGAUCAGCUCAGUCAGGCGAACAAGCGGCGUAACUUUUCGCUAGCCUUUGCCGCCGCCGAAUCAGUGGGAAUUGGCACCACACUGAACAUCAACGAUAUGUGCCAGCUGGAGCGACCCGACUGGAUGCAGGUGAUGUCCUACGUGACGGCAAUCUACAAAUACUUUGAGACCUAGAGGGGCAUCGGUCUCGCAGCUCGCGUCUACCGUCUUUUGUGUAUAUUUAUAAUCAGAAAUUUCCUCAAUGUGUGGCCGCUCAGACACGACACGAAGAAAAUAUUUUAACUUUAGAGUUCCCACACCCUUAGUGUAUGUUUUUUUUUUGUUUUUUUUUUCUAAAAUCCAUUUUGUAUGUCCAUAUCUAUGUGGCCCUUCCCCCUAAACCAUUUGUAGACUAAAAUGAAUGAGUAAGUCGACAAAUCGUGGCUGAAUGAAUGAAGCGGAAGAAGAGCAACCAGCAGCAGCAACAGCAUGAAAACCAAUUGUUUAUUAAAUAUUAAGUAAUCUGUAAAAUGCAUUUGUUUGUUUUUUCGGUUUUACAGAAGAACGCCAGAGCCGUAGAUAUCGUAGAAGUUAGUGUAAGGAUGGAUACUCGUAUGUUUAAAAGCAGCUUCGAGGGCUGUUUGUUGCUCAGUCUUGGAGUGUCCACUGUCUGUCUGUGUAUGUGCUUUUUUUUUUGUAAUCUGUAAUUUUUAAUGUGGAGAAACAAAACAACAAACGCUGAUGCUGAUGCUGCGGAUGAUGGACAACUGGCGAGCAGCAAGAGAAAGAGUCCGGACUAGCUUUAGCAUAUACCAUACGUACAUAUAUAUAUACAUACAUAUACCUACUAUAUUUAUUUAUUCCAACUACUACUCGUACAUCAGAUCACUAAACUGUAUUUUCUCAACGAUUCAUUCGACAAAAAUAUGAUACUAUAAAGAGCAAAGGAUUAACGCGCAAUGAAAACUCA